UAUAUACAACUUUUCAAGGUAAUUACGGUUUAUUCUACAGCAAAUCUGGUUUGAUUACGUUCGCAAUAGAUUACUAUUAUUACACAAUAAUGGUUCAAUUUUUAGUAUCAUUUAUAUUUACUGUUUCUCUAAUACUUUCAGCGACUCUGGCAGAUCGUGAAAGAGAUAGCUGGAAACAUGCAAAAUUGGAUCCUUAUACGCCUGAAUGUAUAUCAAUAAUGACAGAAGAGACUAAAAAUCAAUAUUAUAAAAAUUUUAAAACCGUUGAUAAUGAUGAAAUUCGUGCCUUCUAUGUAUGUAUGCUUGAACACGCUGGAUACAUGGAGGCUGAUAGAAUUAUUGUUAAUGAAAUAAUGAAAGACUUUUUAAAAUAUUACGAACCAAAUUUUGAAGGACGUCAAUUAGGAGCACAAAUUUUGGACAAGUGUAACAACAAAGCUAAAAUGGAAGUGAAACGACCUAACAUAGCUGGACGAUUUGUCAAAUGUGUAAUGAAAGAAAUUGAAUCAGAAAUAUAAGCUGAAUAAAGAACUUUGUUCAUCAAUAAUAUAUGGAAAUCGACAAAAUCCUUGAAAAAAUUAAUAUUCUAGUUGUUAAAAGAAAAAAGUAAACUUUUAUUGCACUGAA